AAAAGAAAGAAAAAAAAAGAUUUAGCACGCACCGGAUUCUCCACACUUGCACAUGCAACAUUCUCACUGUCUCACAAAAUAACACACACAUACACACAAAACAUCCUCACACAACUUCGGCUUACCUCUGUCUUCCUUUUUAUUUUUUUUUAAUUUAAUCUCUCUUUGCUUGUUUGAUCUACAGGAGCAUUGAUCAACUGAUCCCUCAUUCAGACUCACAGUCACUUUCACCCCAUCUUGAACACUUCACACACACACACACACACACACACAUAUUUCGUCCGAUCACCUGUCACCGGCAUUCUACCCGAAACCCUCAACAGAAAAGUUCCUGAGCAUACCCACGUCCGUCAACUCAGGUGACACGGAUCACACACCAUCCGAUUCUUCAGCACAUUGCUUUUGUUCUCUCCGCCAUUCCACUUUCAACGGCCACUCGUCUGAAGAAUCUCCGCUUUUCUCGAAUCCCUAGCGGGACCUUGGAAGUCAUUCGAUCGAUCUCAAUCCCGCAAUUCUAGACCACGUCAUACACCCUUCCCUCCGUCCGUGCACACAACAAACUCCCUUCAUUAACCGCGCCCAGCGAUCAUCUUACCAAAAAAAAACCAAAAAAAAAAAAAAAAAAAAAAAAAGUGUAAAUGCCACGUUCCUCAGCGGUGCCCUUUUCAGAUUUAUUAAACCCGCAGAGUCAACCUGGUGACGGUCCAUCAGCUCCCCGGACCCCUUCAAACCAACCCGCUAAAUCUGCCACGUCCAGUCCAGCAAUGUCUUCUGCUUCAGUUAGUCUCCUGCCUCCCCUGGCCAAGGGCCAACGCUCGACCACAGACGAGCCCCGUCAAGAGCUGCCCCGUCCCUACAAAUGUCCCCUCUGUGACCGUGCCUUCCACCGUCUGGAGCACCAGACGAGACACAUCCGCACACAUACCGGAGAGAAGCCACAUGCCUGCCAGUUCCCCGGCUGCUCGAAGAGAUUCAGUCGAUCAGACGAGCUUACCCGACAUUCCCGAAUCCACAACAACCCAAACUCGAGAAGAGGGAACAAGGCCCAGCAGCUGGCGGCAGCUGCUUCCAUGAACAACAUGGUCGAUGCCAACGCGGCCGCUGCCGCCGGUAUGAUGCCACCUCCCAGCAAGCCAAUUACGAGAUCAGCUCCUGUCUCCCAAGUCACCUCUCCAAACGUAUCUCCCCCACAUUCUUACGUCACCUAUGCCACCCAUCUGCCCUCGAAUCUUGGUCCUUAUGGACGGGCAGCCGGUGAGCGCCCGCCUUCUGCAAUGGAUAUGAACAUGCUCGCGACUGCUGCAUAUCACGUUGAGAGAGAUGAUCUUGCUUCCUACCACUACUCCUCGAACACCGCUCCUCAUCGGCCGCAGUACAGCAGUGGACUUCGCCCGGCAUCUCACCACUCGCAUCAUUCACUCCACCCCGGAACCCGACUUCCCUCCCUGUCCGCCUAUGCGCUAUCCCACUCUAUGUCUCGGUCCCACUCGCAGGAGGAAGAUGAUUACGGCCACAGAGUCAAGCGAUCGCGACCAAAUUCACCAAACUCGACAGCUCCCUCGUCUCCUACCUUUUCUCAUAACUCACUCUCGCCUACUCCCGACCAUACUCCUCUCGCAACGCCAGCUCACUCUCCACGCUUGAGACCAUUUGUUGCCAACGAUUUGCAUCUGCCGGCGCUCCGACACCUCUCUCUUCACCACACCCCCGCCCUGGCUCCAAUGGAACCGGCCACGGAACCACCGAAGCACUACUCUCCAACACAGCCCCAUGUCGGUCCUUCUAUCUCCGACAUCAUGUCCCGUCCGGAUGGUACUCAGCGGAAGCUGCCUGUGCCGCAGAUCCCCAAGGUUGCCGUGCAGGAAGUUUUGAAUCCGGGCAGUGGCAUCUCCUCCGGUAACUCUUCCGUCGCCGGUGGUGAUCUCGCAGAACGCUACUAGUUACCGGACUUCGAAAACAGGGAAAAAAAAAAAAAAAAAAAAAAAAAAGAGAUCCUCAAUAUGCUACAAACUUUUUGAUCCUCACUGCAUUUCUUGGCGACCAUAGCGAUAAAUUACACGGAGUUUUCUAAAGAACAUAGACGGAACUGGUUGUCGGUGUUGUUUUUCUUUGUCCUUACUUUUUUUUUUUUAUCAGAUUUGAUCGUUCGAAUCAGGAAAAAGCGAUAUUAUUUCCUAACUUGUUAGAUAUCUUUCCCCCAGUUUCAUAUUUUCCUUGCCCACAAAAAGCAAACUUCUUCAGGCUCUGCUACCUGCCUUGGGAGAAACUCUCUACUCUCGACUCUCAUUUGUUGGAGUCUCGGGUAAACGGUUGACCAAGGAACCGCGGCGCCUAUCGGGCCACUUUCCCGAGACAUCCCUUAUAUCUUCCGAGCAUGUAUUCAUCGCGAGGACUUCUGCUGUCCGGCACUCCCUUUCCUUUUUUUUUUCCCCCCCCCUUCGUUUGCUCAUCGGUUUCCUUUGCCUUUUCCUUGCCUCCUUCAAAUGUCAGAAAGUUGUAUUACGAAACC